GAUUUUGAACCUGAAAGGAAGCUGUCUCCUACCUGGCUUCCCGGUCUGUUGAGUCACACCUCUCCUGUCUUCUCUCUCUCUCCAUGAUUUCAUCACCGGAGCAGCGACCCGAUCGAUUAUUCUCUCUGCAAGUGGGAAAGUAGAACCCUAAUUAACAGCUCCUUUUAUCUUUCUACAAAUUAAGCCCUGGUUUUAUGUUGGCCUCCUAACCUUCGUACUUGAACACUUGCUACUUGAACAGUCGCUACUUUUCUAUACGCCAUCUCUUCUUCACUUUUUAAUUUUACGUAAUUUAGAUAAAAAAGGAGGUUCCUUUGAUCUGAUUCUUCCAAAAUGAACGACCUUCUAUCGGAGUCCUUUGAGAUCCCUCGUGGGCAGAGUUCUAGAGCUGGAGAUGUUGAGAUGGGAAUGAGUUCUGGAGAUUUGGGUCUGGAGAGUUUCUUUAAAAAGGUUCAAGAGAUUGAGAACCAAAAUGAGAAGCUGGACAAGCUACUUAAAAAGCUUCAGGAUGCACAUGAAGAGUCAAAGGCUGUGACUAAAGCUCCUGCCAUGAAAGCAAUCAAGAAGCGAAUGGAGAAAGAUGUUGACGAGGUUGGAAAAAUUGCUCGUUCAGUAAAGUCAAAAGUUGAGGAACUUGACAAAGAGAAUUUAGCAAAUAGGCAGAAGCCUGGGUGUGGAAAAGGAACAGGUGUAGACCGAUCAAGAACCUCAACAACUAUGGCCUUGAAGAAGAAGUUGAAAGACAAGAUGGCUGAAUUUCAGAGUCUAAGGGAGACUAUCCAUCAAGAGUAUCGGGAGGUUGUUGAGAGACGUGUUUUCACAGUGACGGGCACUAGAGCAGAUGAAGAGACAAUUGACAGAUUGAUUGAAACUGGAGAUAGCGAACAAAUUUUCCAGAAAGCAAUCCACGAGCAAGGGCGAGGCCAGGUAAUGGAUACUCUGGCAGAAAUUCAAGAACGCCAUGACGCUGUCAGGGAUUUGGAGAAGAAACUUCUGGACUUACAACAGAUUUUUCUGGAUAUGGCAGUAUUAGUGGAUGCACAAGGAGAAAUGUUAGACAACAUAGAAUCUCAGGUGUCUAGUGCAGUAGAUCAUGUGCAGUCGGGGAACACUGCGCUCCAAAAGGCAAAGAAGUUGCAGAGGAACUCCAGGAAAUGGAUGUGUAUUGCCAUCAUAAUCCUUCUUCUUAUUGUUGUAAUCAUAGUUGUUGCCGUGAUCAAACCAUGGAGCAACAACAAGGGUGCCUAGUGUCAUUGUGCAAUUUGUACAUUGUAUAAAUGAGUCAUUCAUCAACUCUUGGAUCCCAUCUGCAGUUCAUCUAUUACUUUGCAAUUCUUUUACGAAUUCUGCUUGUGUCUGUUAAAAUUCUGACAAAUUUGGUUGGGUUUGCGCCACCUUUUAUAGCUGUGUACUACAUUCUUUUGCAAACUCGAAAUAAAAUUUGAAAGUUUUUUUUAUC